AGCGUGCUAACAUUUGCUAAUUAGCGCUAAACACAAAGUAUGGUGGGAACGUCGUUAAAUCUGCAAAUAUGGACGGCGUUAAAGGAAACAUCACCAAGGAUUCGUCCCCUGUCUGGGGAAAGAUACUAUACAGAUACUAAUAUAGACAGUAGUUGUUUUGAUCAGUUUUGAAUUACAACCCUAUGAUAUGCUCCUGUUUUCCAGCGCCAUCACAGACAAUGAAGAUGGAGACGAACUCGCCUGCAUCUGGUUCGCUGGCAGGCAGGGCGGUGCUGCCGUGUCACUUCUCCAUCAUACCAGUUCCUCCCAGCAGCUCGACUGAAACCUCGUCACACACCACAAACACUCCCACCCCCGCACCUCUCCUCCCCACUGACGAAGCUCACACCUCGAGUCCCCAGGAGCAGCUGAGGAUCAAGUGGACGAAGCUGGAGGGACAGGUGGAGAAGGUGGUGCUGGUCGCCCAGGGACAGGUGGUGAAGGUGGGGCAGGACUACACGACCAGGGUGUCAGUGCCCAGCCAUCCGCUGUCGGUCGGAGACGCCUCCCUGAUCAUCGUGCGGCUCCGGGCCAGCGACGCCGGGCUUUACCGCUGUGAGGUCAUGCAUGGUAUGGAGGAUACCCAGGACACUGUGAGCCUCAACGUCAGCGGUGUGGUGUUCCACUACCGGUCCAGCACCAGCCGCUACUCUCUGAAUUUUCCUGAGGCAGAGGAGGCGUGUCGUGCUGCAGGCGCCUCCAUCGCUACACCUCAACAACUCACAGCUGCUUUCGAGGACGGCCUGGACCAGUGUGACGCAGGCUGGAUCGCCGACCAGUCAGUCAGAUAUCCGAUCUCAGUGCCUCGUUCGGGUUGUUUCGGUGAUCUGAUGAGCCGACCAGGAGUGAGAACAUACGGCAUCCGUGACCCCAAAGAGAAAUAUGACGUAUACUGCUACGUAGACAAACUAGACGGCGAGGUCUUCUAUCCAUCCAUCAGUGAUAAACUCACCUUGCAGCAGGCGAGAGAGGAGUGUGAGAAGCAUGAUGCUGUGCUGGCUUCACCCGGUCAGCUGUUUGCAGCCUGGAGAGCGGGGCUGGACCGCUGCGACUACGGCUGGUUGUCUGACGGCAGCGCCCGCUACCCCGUCACCGUCCCCAGGCCUCAGUGUGGAGGAGGCCAGCUGGGGGUUCGCACGCUUUACAAGUUCGAAAACCAAACUGGCUACCCGGAUCCCACAGACAGACACGGAGCUUUCUGCUUCAAAGCUAAACUACCAGAACCAACGACUGCGACUGCACUGAUGACCCCAGAAAGAUCUGAAAUUCAAACAAGAAGACCAGAGCCUGUCGCAUAUUCACCAACAGCCUCACCAGACCAACAUGGAGCCCCCCACACCACCUCCCACCACACCACAGCCUCUAUGACUCCCACUCCCAUGUUAGACAACUAUGAAGUUAAAAAUUUCAGCAAGGUAUAUGCGAACCCCAUGCCGCUCCCGCCUUUACCCACCACCCGCCCAAAGCCCUCACAGCUCGACAUCUCCAUCGAGGGAGAGGAGGGAGGCUCAGCGGCGUCAGGCCAGGGUGAGAGCAGUGGCGGCGAGGAGGGAGGCAGCAGCGAUGACAGCUCAAGCGGGGCUGAGAUGGUAGCAGAGGUGAUCCCGACACAAACCACAUCAAGACCUAGCUGGCCUCUGGAGACCACCACAGGAUCGGAGCUGGGGAUGGACACAACAUCGAGACCAUCAGACCUUGUAGAAGUUGCCCCGGACAGCAUAACCCUGGGGCCAGAACCGGGGAUGAAAACUACAUCGAUGGAAACCACAUCCAGACCAUCGGAGCUUCUAGAAGGGGUCUUCACCUCGGCGUCAGGCCUCCCAGCCGAGAGUGGCAAGGUGGGGCCACACCCUGCCGUGGUUUUCAAAGAGGUCACACCUGGCACUACGACAACGUCAGACCAAUCGCCGGCCAUUCCUGGAGAAUCAUCAAAACCACCUUUCCACCUCAUCAUCGUCAAUUUGCACGCCGAGAAUGAAACCAAGGAUCAAACAAUUCAGGGCAUCCUGGAUAUCCUGAACCAGCCUGCGAUCGGCAGCGAUGGCUUCCAGUCCCACUUCCCCCAGAUCACCGACCUUUCACAGGUUACCAGUGGAGACGGCAACUCUCUCGAGCCUUCUCCCAUCAACCUGCCUCCAACUGUCAGCUUUGUAAAUGGAAAGCAUGAGGUGACAUUGGAGCCAGAGCUGCCAGAGGAAGCCCGAGGGGAUCAGUUUGAGACGGCCACUCCUGUUCGGGUAGAAGAGGUGGAAGAAGAAGAGGUGACUGAGGAGGCGAGCGUGACUCCUUUUGAUUAUGGUGUCAUAGAAGUCCACCCAGAGGAGACGACCACAGAAGAAAGCAGUGAUACUCACUCAGUCACUCAUUCUACAGAUACCUACCUAGAUAUAUUUACAUUAUCAUUCCCAGAGGCUGACACAGUCUCUGAUGUAGUUAUAGACUUCGAGAGAGCCCAAACUCAUUAUGAUCAAACAGCAACAAGAACCACCACCACAACCCCAUAUACAUCUCCUGAGUCAUCACCAGCAUCCACCACCCCAUCAGGCCCGGUUCUCCCCGGUGUCUCCCAGACUGUCACUAAUGGGGUCACCUACGAGGUAACAGAAGGCUCUGCAAGCCUCCCUGAGGGCGCUUCGCCCACCCCAGCUGAGGGCUUUGAGUUGGUAGUGAUGACUGAUGAGACGGAAAUCGGGGGAACGGAGCUUCCUACUUUUAUCCCAGACACAAAGUCACAAGAAACCACCACACAGACCCAGACAGAAGACUUUGAAGGGUCUGCUUCGGGAGAAGAUGAGGCUUCAGGGCAAGAUGUUUACCCACCAGAAAUACCCAGGUUUACCAGCACACUAUCCCCAAUUUAUUCCAUCCUUCACCCACAGGAGCCUCAACCUCCAAUGGGUGAAGGAGUUACAGAAGUCCCAAUGGUUUCACCGUCUGCUGACGCGGUCACAGAAACAGGUUCAGGUGCAGAGCAGCUGUCGGGGGAGGGGGAGGCUUCUGGGGAAGAGGGCGGUUUUGUUACUAUUUUACCAGCUGUGGCAGCUGUGACAUUUGGAGACCAAACCACACUCACCACAGACUUUAAGGACAUAACUUCAGCACUUAGCACACUAAAACCCACCACACUCCCCUCCCAUACUUACACAGAUGAUAAGAAACAUCCCGCUGUUACCACCGAGCUUGUGCUUACAACCCUUGAUGACCACACCACACACCCCACCAAGACGUACAGGGACCAGACGGAGCAGACCACCACAAGCUCGACGCAGUAUGUGAGCCAGCCAAUACUUACCACCACAUCACCCUUGUAUACCUUCGACCACAGCAACCACUCCGUCCCCCAGUGGGCGUUGAUCCCUGACCCAGAUGCCACCCCUCUCCCGGAGGAAGAUUUUGAAGACUAUGACAAAGAAAUUGUGCCUCAUCUGGUGGAGUCGCGCCCUCAGGCACCCAAGGAGACCCUCACCACAGAGAAACCACAGACCGGCACUGACUCAUCUCAUUCUGUUGAGGCCAGCACUGUGAAUCUUAGAGAUCUCCUGCCGUGCUCAAUCAGUACGUGUCAGAACGGAGGCUCCUGCUACAAGAAAGGAGCAGAAAAUAUCUGCGUGUGUGCACCUGGAUACACUGGGCAGCACUGUGAAACAGAUGUUGAUGAGUGCCAAUCUAACCCAUGCCUGAAUGGAGCCACCUGUCUGGAUGGAGUCAACUCCUUCACCUGUCUCUGCCUGCCCAGCUACUCAGGAGAGCUCUGUGAACAAGACACUGAGGUGUGCGGGUUCGGAUGGCAGAAGUUUCAGUCUCACUGCUACAAAUACUUCACACACCGUCGGACCUGGGACGCCGCUGAGAGGGAGUGUCGGCUGCAUGGCGCCCACCUGGCCAGCAUCCUGUCCGAGGAGGAGCAGCUGUUCAUCAAUCGUCUGGGCAGUGAUUACCAGUGGAUCGGCCUCAAUGACAAGAUGUUUGAGAGAGACUUCAGAUGGACUGAUGGCAAGACGAUGCAAUACGACCACUGGAGGCCGAACCAGCCGGACAGCUUCUUCCAGUCAGGAGAGGACUGCGUGGUGAUGAUCUGGCACGAGGGAGGACAGUGGAACGAUGUGCCCUGCAACUAUCACCUCACCUUCACCUGCAAAAAGGGAACAGUGUCGUGCGGCCAGCCUCCUGUGGUGAAGGAAGCUCGAGUGUUUGGAGCCAUGAAGCCUCGCUACGAGAUCAACUCUCUGGUCCGCUACCACUGUAAACAGGGCUACAUCCAGAGAUACACACCCACCAUACGCUGCCGUGCCAACGGCCAAUGGGACACGCCCAAAGUCACCUGCAUGAGUCCCGCAACCUUCCACAAGUCAUUUACUCUCCGGCGCCGCAACAACCAGUACGACGGGCAGCAAAACAGGCACUACGACAACCAUCACAUCCAUCACACCAAGAGUUAUCAGAAACACCGUCAACAGGAGCAACAGCAGAAUUACGAGAUCCUCAGACAGCUGCUGAGAGAAAAGAGGCAACACGGCGUCCAAACACACAACAAGAAUCAGAUGAGACACUGAGUCCCAUUUGUGGUUUUGUAAAUCAGUUUCGUGUCGGCAGCCAAUCAGCCAACCAACCGCGUCGGACCAGAGGCAUCGAUAGACAGAGUGAUGCAAACUGUCUAUCAAUGGCUCUCUCCAAAGAACCAGGGAGAUGUUUCAUCACUACAUUGGCUCCAUAAAACACUCCAGGAUCUGAACCCAAAACCCCAAGCGAGGAUUUAGUUUCCUCUGUAAAGUUAGAUUAUAUCAAAUCUCCCCUUCAAACAUCGAAGACUGGUGCCUUAGAGGCUUCACUGUGUGCUACACUUAAUAUUUAAACACCACACAGGUUCUCUGUGAGACUUCAGUCAGUCUAUGUUCCCUUUCUCCAACAACGAGCCGUGCCUUCUGUGAAAUCUUAUUUAAUUGAGGAAAAUAA